AUGCUCUAAAUAUUCACAAUUACCAGCAUUGCCAUGCUAUCUCUGCAAGUUAAAGCAUUAGAAUAGUCGAAUCUGGAAUAAAAGACGCAAUAAGUCAAGAAUAGUGACUUUAUGGAGAUAGAAUUGAGCAGAAAAGAAGUGUUAGGACCAAGUCGUCUAUUAAACUUCAGAAAUAAAGAUCUUUAUCAAAGCCAUAGUAAACUAUUCAUAGUUAUUUAUAUCAGAAUAGAUCGCUUUUUGUAAGAUUCUGUUGAGCUGAGCUUGAAGAACUACAAUAACAUUCAAUAUUAUGGAACUCUUUAUGUCGGUACACCAGGAAAGAAAUUUACAUUUAUGUUUGACACAGGUUCAUCUUAUGCUUAAGGAAAUGUGACUGGCUUUGUAGCAAAAGAACAUUUUGCAAUAGAUUAAAGCGAUUUAUUCAAUGUGACAAAUUUUAGUUUUCUCUCUGUUUAUGGUGGAGGAGAUGUUCACACAUUAGAAUCUGAUGGUCUCGUUGGGUUAGGAGUUUCAAAGAUUGGAAAUAAACAGCAAGAUCUAUUCAUUCAACAAUUGUAUCAGCAAGGAAGAAUUAAAUCUUAUGGUUUCACAAUUUUCAUUGGAAAUACGAAUCAGAAAUCAAAGCUUUGGGUGGGAACUUUCUUAUUACCAACUACCAAUGACUAUGGUCCAUUGAAAUGGCUUAAGCUUACAUCUACAUAUCAUUGGUAGGUUGCUUUAACAAAUGUUAUCAUAAACGGAGUGUCAAUCCCUCUCAGUAAAAGCAAGGAUGCAAUUUUAGACUCUGGUACCUCACUCACCUACAUACCAACUGUAGAAUAUAAAACUAUAUUCUCCUUUAUCACUAAUGGAAAAAGUUGCACAGAACUUUCUGGAUAUCAGUUCUGCCAAUGCUCAAAUAGCAAUGACUCAACUUAUCCAACAAUCUAUAUGAAUCUUGCUGGAGAAUAAUUCACUAUCUAGCCAUUUUAAUAUCUUCAAACUUAUUAAGGUUAUCCUGGAUGUUAAAUUUAAUUUAUUGAGGACACUUCAAGUAAAUCUACUUAUUGGUUGCUAGGAGAUAAUUUUUUGAGAGGUUACUAUCAAACCUAUGAGAUGAAUGGUCCUAGAAUAGGUUUAGCAGAUUACAGAUACAUUACGAACAAUUAAUUCAACUCAUCAAAUACUGUCUACUUUUAGUCUGAUACUGUUUCAGGUGAUAUUAAGUCCACUGAUGAUAAUAAUCAAACAAUAUUAAUAGCUGCAAUCGCCUCUGGAGGGGGUCUUAUACUUAUCAUAGUUGGAAUGGUUGUAUAUUUCUGUGCUAGAAGAAGCAAUUUAAGGAAGCAAAGGAAAAGAGAAAAUGAAUAAAUUUAGCGAGCAGCUCAAUAAAAUAAUAAACGUUAGGCACAAGUUAUUUAAAACUAGAUACCACCUAUUGUUUAGCAAAUUCAUUAAUAAAAUGAUAAUCAUACUCAAAUGCUAAACAACAAUGCACAAUUACAAUUUAAUUAAAAUCAACUAAAUGAGCCUAUUGUAUUGCCUGUUAAUCAAGAUAUCAAUGCUAGAGAAAUGAAUGAUAUUCAAAUAGCAAUAGCAGAAUCUUAAAAGUAAAUGAGCAGACAAGAGAGUGAAAAGGAAAUUCUAGAUCAGUUAAGAAUAAUAGAAGAAAUAGAGAGUAGCCAAUAGAACCAAAGGCCGAUUGACCCCUAAAAUCAGUGA